AUGAGCAUCUCAGAACAUCAACGACAAUUCUUCAGGGAAAUAUCGUUCGCCAGCCACUUCUGUGCGAACCAGUACAUUGAGGCGAUCCCCUUGGGCAUGUGCUUGCGGGGGGGGGGGGGAGUCAGCGGCAGGGGAGUGACGGUGCUCGUACUUAGGGGCUGGACGGAGGGGGGUCUUCGAGAACCCAAUUUAUUCGACGGCAGGGGAGCUUGGAACGCGGGGAGCAUUUUCGUCCUCUUU